AUGACAGAGCACACGGACAAAGACCAGACAGGCGAGGUGGACCGAUGUGUGGACGUUAUUAUUGUUCUUCUGCCAUGGGAGGGAAAGGACGCUAAGUUUGUGGAGGAGCGGAGGAAGCAGCUGCAGUGUUACCUGAGGAUCGUCAUGAACAAACUGGUCCAGACACUCCCAGAGUUCAGCGCCCGGCCCACCAAGGAGACCCUGCUGUGCCUGCUGCCCUUCUGCCAGGACACGCCACAGACCAACGACAACUCGGCCAAGACCCCACGCUCCAGAACCUCGUCCCGGUUCCCACGCCUCGGCCGCAACCGCAACCAGGACCCCCGGCCCGAGCCUCAGAGCGGGGAUCUCUAA